CAGGAAAAAGCGGAAGUGUAAACACUGCACGAAAGAGUUCAACACUUGAGUGUAUGAACGUUUAAUAAAUUUGUCUCUUUUGGUGUCAGUCACUCAAAAAUGGACACACAGUCGUAUCUUCCCGUACCACCUGGAGUAGGAAUGGAGGAAAAUUUUCUGUCUCUCGACGAUAUUUUGCUCUCUCAUGAGAGGCUGCCUGUCCGGACAGAGUCCGCUUUCCCACGGCUUGGAUUCUUGGAGAAGUCCAGUGACACGCAGGAUAUCCAGGAGGGUACAAAGAUGGAGCUUCCUCUGUGGCUCUGCAAGGGUUUGUAUGAGAAGAAGAGGAAGGUGCUGUCUGUGGAGCUUCCCAAGGUGUACAGAGAGGGCUGGAGGACUGUGUUCACUGCUGACCCCACUGUGGUGGACCUGCAUAAAAUGGGACCCUAUUACUACAGCUUGGGAUCUCAGAUGCUUCAUUUUGACAGUCCAGAGAACCCAGACAUUGCACAGGCACUGCUGCAGACAUUCAUUGGCCGGUUCAGGCGGACCAUGGACUCCUCCCAGAACGCUUACAACGAGGACACGUCUGCACUGGUAGAACGUCUGGACUGCUUGGAGAAGACUCUGUUCAGGUCCGGUCAGAGCGGCCUGAACGGCUUCCAGAGCUGGGAGAAGGGUCAGGCCUCGCAGCUCACCGCCUCCAGUCUGGUUCUUAACUACCGCAAGAGGAAGAUUACCGAUAUUCAGGCCUGACCUCAGCCAUGCAGACACUGGUUCGAUCACAGUGAAUCCAGAGCUCAGCUGGAACAGACUCUAAUGAGAGCUUUAUUUGUCCAUGCAGGACAACGUUUUCCACACCUGAGCCUUGCAGCCAGUUGUGGGACAGCAACCUCGUAUGCACUGCGAACAUGUUCCUAUUUAUUUUUACCACAUGAUUUCCAUUGAUUAACAAGGAUGUUAACUUGAUUUUUAAAUAUUUUGUUUUUAAUCCAUGUCUAUUAGUAGUGACUUCUCCCUUUCUGCUCUUUCUGGUUUUAGUGUUUGUUUUAGGGUUUGUUCAGUGUUGCUUUGUCUUUAAAAUAAAGCAUUUAGACCAACCUGCUGUCAGCACACCCAGUCUCUGACCAAAACCAUAGCAUACACUAACAGUCAAUUGUUUGGACACUUUUCCAAUAAAUUAAAUUGGGAAAGUCUCCAAACUUUUGAGUGGAAAGGAAAUUACGUUUUAAAUGACAAUACAUAAAAAACAUUUCUCAUGCUAAUGCAUUUUUUUCCUCCAGCUUUUGCUUUCAGUGACUGAAACAAUGAAGCAACUUUUAGUCCAAGUAUUUGAUCAUUAUAUGUUUGCUCUAUAUAUUCUAAAACAUAAAAAAAUAUCUAAAACAAAAAAAGAAUGCCUUGUUUAGUCUAGCCAUUUAAAAAUGUCCAAUUACUGAAUGUACUGAAACACAGCAAAGCAUCACUUUUCAUGU